ACGUAAUCAUUCGGGCUGUGCGUUGUUUGUACGCUGGUGGCUAAAAGUCAGCUUAUGUGUUAUAGUUGGUGGCGUUGGGCAUUUUUAAGUGUCGGGUUUUUACGUUGUUGGUUAACUUUUUAAACGGUGUUAAUCCACUGAAAGAAACACCCUCUAAUAGCUUAAUUUUCGUCGCUAUUUGUAGUAGAAGAUUAUUUAGCCAUCCGGCUAGGAGGCUAACAGGGUCCACAAUGGAGGGCAGCGCCAGCGUGAGGAAAGCACUGUCCGGGACUCUCGUCCCUUUGGCGAUCUCAACAGUGGCUCUUCAACAGCAACCAGAGGAUAAGGAUAAGGGAACACUGAAGAGAAAAGUCCUGGAUGAGGAGGACUACAUUGAGAGCUUAGAGAAAAUUAUCCAGAGGGACUUUUUCCCAGAUGUGACAAAGCUGCAGGCACAGAAGGAAUAUCUUGAAGCAGAGGAAAAUGGAGACCUGGAGAGGAUGAGAGAAAUUUCCAUCCGAUAUGGAUCUUCGUUGACAAAAUCUACACCACAGUCUUCUGCACCAUAUGUGACGCCUGCUAGCUUUGAAACACCAGUGGGCCGGUCGGGAUCCCCUGCUUCCACUUAUUCUGCUAAAGCUGUAGAUGGAGAGAAGAGGGCUGACGACACAGAAGAAAAAACUCUGCCCAGCCUGGACCACUUCCUCGCUAAGAAUACCAGUGAGGAUAAUGCAUCUUUUGAACAGAUAAUGGAUCUGGCAAAAGACAAGGAGAAACUGAAGCAUGCCUGGUUGUAUGAGGCUGAGGCUGAAUUCAAACAGCGUCAUGAGGAGAACCUUGCCUUACCAUCAGUAGAGAAGGCAGCACUCGAAUGCACCAAAGCUGGACUGGAGACCUGGGAGUACAAAGCCAAGAAUGCCUUGAUGUAUUAUCCAGAGGGUGUUAAAGAUGAUGAUGCCAUCUUCAAAAAGCCAAGGGAGGUGGUUCACAAGAACACCCGCUUUGUUGGAGACCCAUUCAGCAAAGCUCUCAACAAGAGCCAGAUUCAGCAGGCAGCAGCUCUCAAUGCACAGUUCAAACAGGGUAAAGUAGGUCCUGAUGGGAAGGAGCUUAUCCCACAUGAAUCCCCAUCAAUGAAUGGAUAUGGUUAUGUAAAAACUCCAUCACCUGCACCUGGUGUAGCCGAGUCACCUCUGAUGACCUGGGGUGAGAUCGAGAGCACGCCAUUUCGUCUGGAUGGAUCAGACACCCCGUAUGUUGAGAGGAAUCAUGGACCUUCUUUUAAGAUCCCAGAACCAGGGAGACGAGAAAGGCUUGGUUUAAAGAUGGCCAACGAGGCUGCCGCUAAGAACCGUGCAAAGAAACAGGAAGCGUUACGAAAAGUCACAGAGAACCUUGCAAGCCUGACGCCUAAAGGUCUGAGCCCGGCCCUCUCGCCUGCCCUGCAGAAGCUCGUAAAUCGGACUUCCAGCAAAUACACAGACAAAGCACUGCGAGCAAGUUACACCCCAUCACCCUCACACAGACUCGCUGCAUGCAAGUCUCCCUUCGGGGGCCCGGCGACUCCUUCGGGAACGCCAACGCCGAACAAAGCAAAAACUCCAAUUUCUCAGGACGUCACGUCGCUCACAGACAAUCUGCUGCAGCUUCCCAAGAGACGGAAAGCAUCAGACUUUUUCUAAGAGCAGCGCCUCUCUGCUUGGAUUGUACAAAAAUAAGACUUAAUAUAUACAUUAAAGAGCACAUCAUUUUGCUGGAGGACUGGAAAAAGAAAUAAAUGGUGGAGCAGAGACUAUAAAAACUUUGAGCACUAAAAUGCAACAAAGGUCAUUGUAGGUCCAAGAGAAAUAAUUUGAAUGUCUGAAUUCUAUUUUUAUUUUAUUGUCUUUAUCUCGCAUGCAAGGGUUUUUUUGUUUGUUUGUUUUUUUAAACAGCUCCUGCUACUCUAACAGACUGACAUUCUCAACAGACAAUAUUUGCAUAUUUUAAAUCAUUUGUAUUGUCAUUGAACGUUUUUCCCAAAAAAUCACACCUGCAAAUGAGAUGACAUUUCAGAGUUUCUCUGCUUCACAGGAAUUACUCAAAAUAAUGUGUUGUUAUUACAGCAGGAAUCCCCGGCUGCUGUGUUUCCAAAUGGGAGAAGAAAAUGUGUUUUAUUAAAGCUUUUUUUGGGCUAAAAUCUGGGCUAAAAUCUGUGACAAUUCAUUAUCAGCUGAUAAUGAAUUGUCAGCUGUAUAGUGUUGCUCUCCCAUCUGUUGGUGCUAAAGGAGUCGGGUCAGGGUUCAAAUACAAAGACCUGUCAUGCUUUUAUGUUUUCAAAUAAUUCAGUCAGAAAUGCUUCAGUCUGGUUUGCUGUCAGAACUGAUGGUAAAGAGGCCUUUUUUUUGCAGUAGAUUUAAAGUGUCACCCUGUCAGUUGUGUGCAUCCUAGUUAAAGUUAACAUUUCAUUUGAUCUAAGUAUGUUUUAUCUCAAAGAAAAAGGUGCUUGUGUAGAGUUGCCACACCUUUUUCGUGUUCAUAUGUCCGUUUAAAGAAUGACUAGCCUGACUUAAAAAAAAAAAAAAAAUUGAUUUUUCCAUACUAGCCAAUGUUAGAGAUUCCUUCAGGACAGCACUAAGACAUGGCAGAGACAAUAUUUGCAUUUAAAAUAAAGCCAAUACGAAACUUCAGUCAAGUAGUUAUGAAAGCUUGUCAACAUUUCAAGUUGCUAUCUCAAGGUUCUGACUUACAGAUGGCAAGAAAAGUUUUUGUUUUUUGUUUAGUGGUGGAAAGGAGCUUCCAUAAGUAGGUGUCAUCUGACAACACAGCUAUUUUCGUACAAAGGUCUCCCCCUGUUUCCCCUUACCUCCAUCAUUUCUUGAUGGAGGUAAGGGUGAAUAAUAAAACGUCAUUAUUGUUUCAGCCGAAUGUUACUCCUUUUUAAUAAGCUACUGACUCUAAAUGAUGUUGUAUUAAAGUGGGAAGAGAUUACAUUCAA